AUGAGGGAUCUGUUACUGGUGCCUACGCCAUUAUCUUCUGCCAUAUCGACUGAUAAGGACCCCUUAACAACCAAACUAGAAAAUAUAGAAAAUCAGUUCACAAAUUGGACAUCAAAUGUGGAGACGCUACAGAAUAUCAUUACUGAAUUCACAGUGCAAUACAAAGAGGCCUUAGCCGAGUCUGAUAUAUCCAUGAUUCCAUGUUACAACUAUCUUUUGGGCGGUAACGAACUAGGAAACUAUUUAUCUUUGGAUUUGGGAGGAUCAACCCUAAGGGUGUCCGUCAUCACCUUGGAUGGGGCAAAUUCAACUGCCAAAGUGGUGGUAUCGAAAAAUUUUGGUAUUCCAGACUCUAAGAAAACUAUCAACUUUGCGUUCUUUGAUUGGAUCGCCCAUAACAUAAAUGAAGUGAUUUCCGGGAACUGUUCAGCAUUUGCAGAUUCGGAAGAGAUUAUGGCCGGAGUGACUUGGAGUUUCCCGAUUUUCCAAACCUCUUCAAGCGAUGGAACUAUAAAUAAAUGUGGCAAAGGGUAUAAUUUAGAUCCCCGAAUCUUUAAAAUGUCUAUCAAAUCAUUAUUUGAGAAUAGCUGUUCUAAGUACAAAAUCAAGCUUAAGAUUCUAUCAUUAAUUAACGACACGGUAUCGGUGUACUUAACAGCUAAGUUCUUGGAUAGUUCUACCUCCAUGGGAUUGGUUUUAGGAACUGGUACAAACUGCUGCCUAUUCUUGCCGACAAAUUAUAUUAACCAAAAUAAGGCAGAUUUGAAUAAGGAUGUGCUAGCAGGAAACAAUUAUCAUAAUUUAUGCUUAUUCAAUACUGAAGUAUCAUUUUUUGGAGAACAUGUGAAGUCCAACGUCACAAAGUAUGAUCAACAAAUAUUUGAUUGGCAUUCUUUGGAACAUGCCCAUCUUUCAAAUAAUUUUGAAGGAUUGUUCCAACCAUUGGAGUUCCUAACAUCAGGAAGAUACAUUUCAGAGCUUUGUAGAUUAAUGGUUGUCGAUUUGAUUCAACAAGGAUUGAUUCUUAAAAGCCAAUCUCCUGGUGAUGGCUUGUUUCAGAAGUACGAUUUCUUCACUGGAGAAUUUUGUUCCAAUUUUUACAAUUUACAGGAUAACAAGGGAUGUGCGGAAUAUUUCCAACAAAACUUCCAAGCUCAAUGUCUGGAUCGAGAUGUCGCUGCCAUAAAGAAAAUCAUUGAUAUGGUUAUCGAUAGAGCGGCAGCCAUUUUGGCAUGCUCAGUAGUCAGUUUAGAAAGCCUCGUUGAGCUUGACAACGGCUCAAAAAUAAGAAGCAUUGGGUACGAUGGAUCAGUUUUGAAUAAUUUCCAUCAUUACAGAAGCCGUUUUGAACAUUAUUUAUCCAUUUUAAACCCACAAAUGGAAUAUAGAUUGGAUUUCAUGAAUGAUAGCUCGAUACUUGGUGCAGCUAUUGCAGCAGCGGCGAAUAAUAAUAGCGUAGGUUGA